AUGGCCGAGCUGUGCCGCUCCGCCCCCAAGCAGCGAGGCGGGGAGAGGCGGGAGACAGAGCACCGGCGAUCAGGGGAUCCGGGCGAUACCCCCAGGGGGGCCCUCUGCUCCCAGCCCGCCGAUCACACGGCGCGGGCAACUGCCGCCCCACUUCCCGCAGCUCCGCCCCGCGGCCCGGCCGCGGCGGUGAGAGGGGCGGGGCGGCGCGGGGCGGCGGUGAGAGCCGAGCAGAAAAGCGAAGCAGGGCCAAGCCGCCAUCCCGCGCGAGUUGUCUCUGCGCAGCCGCCGCUCUCGCUGCGGUCGGCUGUUCUGAGGGGCACCUGUUUCGGCAUGCUUUCUUUGCCCUCGCAGCCGUGGAAGUGCCCGCUGGCUUUCCCGUCUGAGAGGGCUGGCAGAGGUCUUUUGCUUUGCCCUCGGCAGUGUCAGCUCAGGCUCGUGGGGCUGGAGGCCAAAGCAGGGGGAAGCUGGGCUGCGGCCCGCUCCGUUACAAUUUUAAGGGAUUCAGCAUGUGAACACUGGAGUCUAGUCUUUGGAAGACUUCAGAAGAGCACUGUCCUGCUCCAGACUAUGCCUAUGGCCUUUGGCAGCUGCUUUGCUGAUCCCACCCUGCUCCAAACCCUGGUAACGAGAACCUGACUGGACAUCUGUCAUCAAUCAUUAUGGAAACGUGAUGCUUGCUGCAUUCAAGUAGCGUUUGAUAUAUAUCAAUUGCAGGCAGGCAGGUUGUAUUUUCGGUAGUAGAAGACUUUGUCCUCAAAUAAAAGAAGGGAAUUGGUAUUUAUUUUCUUAGUCUUCUAGUAUUUUUGUGUACUUUUUGGA